CCCCGGGCCCACUCUCAUCCUCCAGCCUCUCGUUUCGGCUCCCGGCGCCGUCCCUGGCUUGCCCGGGGAAGCCAGGGUGAGGGACCACCGUGGCCAGGGCCCCGCAUGCGGCGGCAUUCCUGACGCCGGGGCUCGGCUGGUGCCUCCCUCUUUCCGCGUGAAACCCGGAGCUGGCAUCGGGUCCGCCAGUUUACUCAGAGCCGUCUGUGUGACCUUGGGUCUCCUUCAGGGCACCUGGCGCAAAGCGCGAAAUCUGGGAGAACCUGGAGUCACAGUGGCUUUUAGGUACAGCAGCACUGCAGGAAUGGCCGAGUUUGGGAUCUCCCCUGGCCACCUUGUGGCAGUGUUCUGGGACAAGUCAUCUCCUGAGGAGGCUCUGAAAAAACUGGUAGAUCGUCUUCAAGGGUUGACUGGCAGCGAGGGCCAAGUAGUCACAGAAAACAUCAGCCAGCUGUUGCAGUCUGCCCAUAAAGAAUCCAGCUUCGAUGUUAUUCUGUCCGGUAUAGUCCCUGGAAGCGUCUCUCUGCACAGUGCUGAGGUUCUGGCUGAGAUGGCCCGAAUCCUUCGGCCAGGGGGAUGUCUGUUUCUGAAAGAACCAGUGGAGACAGCUGUAGUUAACAAUGAUAAAAUGAAGACGGCCUCUAAACUGUGCUCGGCCCUGACUCUCUCUGGCCUGGUGGAAGUAAAAGAGUUGCAGCGGGAAUCCUUAAGCUCGGAGGAGGUGCAGUCUGUCCAGGAACACCUGGGCUACCACAGUGACAGCCUGCUCUCAGUUCAUAUCACUGGCAAGAAGCCAAACUUUGAAGUGGGCUCUUCUAGCCAGCUUAAGCUUUUCAUUUCCAAGAAGUCUUCAGUGAAGCCUGUUGUGGAUCCUGCUGCUGCCAAACUCUGGACCCUCUCAGCCAAUGACAUGGAGGAUGACAGCGUGGAUCUCAUCGACUCAGAUGAACUGCUAGAUCCAGAAGAUUUGAAGAAGCCCGAUCCAUCCUCCCUGAAGGCUCCGUCAUGUGGGGAAGGGAAAAAGAGGAAGGCCUGUAAGAACUGUACCUGUGGCCUUGCAGAAGAACUGGAAAGAGAGAAGUCAAAGGAGCGGGGUGCUCAGCCCAAGUCAGCCUGUGGAAAUUGCUACCUGGGGGAUGCUUUCCGCUGCGCCAACUGCCCCUACCUUGGGAUGCCAGCCUUCAAGCCUGGAGAACAGGUGCUCCUGAGCAACAGCAAUCUCCAGGACGCCUAGGAGGAACCUCAGGCACACACACCUCUUCCUCCAGCUGCCUCCUGCCCCUCAGCCCCCGCCACUGCCUCCUCCCACCUCUGGAUUCAAUCACUCUGAAAACAUUCGCAGGGAGAGGCAUGUAGCAGAGUGAAGCUGCUGAGGUGCAGUGGUGUGUGGUGCUGCUGUGUGUUGACAGACCAAGGUGUGAGGGGACCUGCCUCUUACAGGGUUAGGAGAAGGGUGUACCCUAAGGAGCUCCACUCCUGAUAUGACAGUGCUGACCCUCCCCACCCUUGAGUCUAGACUCUUGACUAUUUAUGCUGUGUAAGCUCCAGGCUCCACUCAGUGAUGCUGCCGUACUGACUUCCUCAGUGUGUAAUUCUUGGAGCCAUGGGUCAGCUGUCAAAGGGCCGCAGGGGCACCAAAGAAGUCGCUCCUCCAGUUGCUGUGAUCCAUCUUGUCCCUCUGCCCUUCCACCUCACCCCAUUUGCUGUAGUGUUGUAUCUGUGUCCUGUUGUCAUCUCUGUUAAACAAUAGGUAUUAAACUUCCAUGUUUCUAUGUGUCCCUUGUAUGUAUGUAUGUAUGUGUGUAUGUGUGUGUGUGGGGGGGUGGGGAUCUGUUCCAGUCAUCCACAUUCAACUUGGACUAUGAAACUCACUUUGGAAGAAGCCGAUGUCACACGGGAGUGGGCCAGAGCUGCCCUUAUAGAUUAGGACCUGUCUCCAUCUCCUGUAGGAGAGUCCAGGUUGAGAAUGUGGGGGAGAAGCAGGGCAGGGCAGGCUGGGCCAGCAGCAGGAAGUGUCAGAACAGGGGACCCCUUCAUUCUCCUUGCUGCCUGCCCACACGCCUGUAACCCAUCGUGCCUGAUCUUUUCUGUUUUAAAUAAAAGUGUCCACUGUUA